AUGAAUUACGGUAACCGCAGGGGUAAUUACAUGGUAGCUGUUGGAGGAGGCCUUGUUUGCGAUGCAACCGACGUAUACAGUCUUGCUCGUCAGGUCAAUCACAGCUGCGAGCCAAACUGCAGGCUGAGGGUACAGUUUAGCUCGGGUUGGCCUUGUCUCAGACUGUUCUCGGCCGGUAAGCCCAUCGAGGCGCGGAGUGAACUCACUAUUGACUACAACUUCCAGCUCUUUCCUGGAAAGUCUGCGCAGCCGUGCUUUUGCGGCGCCAGCAAAUGUAGAGGCUCUAUUGGUUCGCAAAAGAAGUCGGCUAGUGGGCCUACUAAUGAUAGAGAAACAACUGAGCAUUCUCAACAGUAA